AUGCAUCUUCCGACCCAGGUGCUCGAGGAGCGCGCACCGAGUACCACGGAGACGGCGCUCCCGCUCGACCAUCCCAUUCACAAGAAGAAACCGCCCGUUGUCGACCCGCUUGCUACAAAGCGAGACGAGGCGGAUCUGCCACUUGAUCCCGACAUUCAUCGCAAGAAACGUUCUAUCAUCGACCCUCUGCCCAUCAAGCGCGAUGACCUCACACCCACCGUUCUUCCCCUCAGUCAUCCUAUUCACAAGAAGGAACCCCCCAUCGUUGACCCUCUUCCGAUCAAGCGCGCGAAGGAGACCCCUACAUCGGAAUUGCCGCUCGAUCACCCCAUUCACAGUAAGCGGCCGCCCAUCGUCGACCCGCUUCUUUUCAAGCGCGAUGCGCCAUCUGCAACGGUCCUGCCGCUCGAUCACCCGAUUCACAAGAAAAAGCCUCCCAUCGUCAACCCCGUACCCGUCGACCUGUACCCGAAGCGCGAGAACGACCGCGAAGCUCCGUGGAAGCGCGAUGACCGCGGUGGCGAGGUUGCGGCAACGCAGGACUCUCCCGCAAGCCCUGCCGCCCAGGGCGGCCAGGCCAACGCGGCGGCCGCCGGCCCACAAACGAUGAUCGACGGGCUGCCGCCAUGUGUCCGCAAGUGCCUGUUCCGCGCUCCCGUUGGAAAGUGCGACCCAACCGACUUUGCGUGUCUCUGUCGGAACGACGAGUAUCUGAAGGCUGUAAUGGACUGCUGGACGAUCAACUGCGACGGUCUCGAGGUGCAGGAGGCCAUUUCUUCCGCUCAAACGCUGUGCAGCACCACGCUCGUCGCCGGCCCUUGGCCAGCGGAAAGCAACGUCCUCACCGCGCCCGUGAUCUACAGCCGGGCGGCGUGGAACAUCCAGGCCGUCAUGUCGUCCAUCUGUGCUCUGAUCCUGCUCUUAGCCAUCGUUCUCGGCGGCCUGUCCUGCCGCGCUCAGGCAAGGAAGGAGGCGUCCCACCGCAGUGGCACGAUCGGCACAAAGGGCUCGCGCGACUACAUCUCCCAAGGCUCGGGGACGGGCAAGGGUUCGGCGUCGAACCGGGCGAGUGCGGGGCAGCAAGUGACCACGUUCGGGUUCGGGGAGGAGUCGAUCGUGACAAGCCUGCCGCGCAUUCCGGCAGGGCCGCGGAAGGUGCCCCGUUUCACGGCGGUGCCGAGCGAAGAGAAGGACGCCGACGAAAAGGACGCAGCGGCCGCGGACGCGGAGAGCUGGGAUCUGGCCCACUCCAAGCACUCGCACUCGCGCACCCACAGUCGCGCGCACUCCCGUGCUGGCUCCAAGAGCAGCAGAAUCGGCAGCAGGGACGGACACGAAGUUAGGAGCCUCUUGCCCAACCCCCUGGACGACGGCCAUGCAUCCGAUACUAGCGAUAUCGGCAUGAGGGUCCUGCCCUACGCGCUGUCGUCCCCUUCGUCGUCUAGUGGCGGGAGCCACAACGAGACGACCAUCGUCAUUGGCCCGGACGCCACGAGCGGCCGCCGCCCCGACGUAAGCCCUCUCGAGAGUAUCGGCUCGGUGCGCACGCACGGCGCCGAGUCGUCGACCGAGGACGAGCCUUUCGCGCGCCACGGCGCAUAG